ACUCGGGCCCUUUUAUGACGUAUGUCCCCAGCCCCGUGCUUCCGGUUGCUAAAAUUAUCCCCGCCCAUUCGCCGAGCGGCCUGGUAUGCUGAAGCUCUGCGGCCUGAAACUCUAGCCGUGUCGUAACUCGCGGGGGAUUCUCCACAUACAGAGCGUUUAAGGGAAUGGCACUCGGGCAGACUCACUACCGAACAGCCGCGCGCAGUCUGCUGACUGAGAGCUCUUAAGUCAGCAGUAGCCAGCCUGUAAACAAGUUCAACACAAAUUAUCGUCUGAUUCAAGAUGGCGGCCGCUGCUCACGACAUGUCGUCGUCGUCGUCGUCUCCCAACUUCCAGGACCUGUCGUGCGCUCGGUUCCAGGAGAGGCUGCCGAGGUUCAGCCCGAGCGAGGGGUUCCCGUUGGUGAAACCGGCGGAGCCGAUCGCGCCUGCCCCCGCCAAGCAGUCCAAGUCGGAGCGGCUCAGAAACCGACGGGCUCGUUCGGCCCGCUUCAAGACGCAGCCCAUCACCUUCGACGAAAUCAAGGAGACUGAGGACGAGGGGCCGGAAGCUAAGGAGGAGGAAGAGCGAGCUAGACGAGUCUUGCAGCAGUCGGUACAAAACUUAAGAGAAAGCGCCAAGAAGCUGGACAGAAACAUGAAGAAGCGUCAUCUCAAGAAGAGAGAAGAACGCGCGAAAACCGAGGUGAUCGUGUGCCCGAGGGAGCUUCUGGAUUCCCCACGGAACGGCCUGACGUUGGUGUAACUGUAAAAUAUUCUCCCACAAACGUCACGCGAGAGAGAG